ACAAAUAUUAUUGAAGUCUCAAGCAUUGAAGAUAAUAUUGAUUCAAAUCAAAUGAAAAUUUUAAGUGGUCAAACAAAUGAUGAUGAUGAUGGUUCUCUGACAUCCAAUAGUUAUUCUCCAAGUAUACCUUCACUGGCUUCUCGAUGCAAAUCAAGAUUAAACAAUAAAUCAGCAGAAUUUCAAUCAAAUCAAACUUUUUUAAAAAUUUCCAUGAAAUUGGUUCAAGUACAAUAA